GUGUGCUUCUCCCCAACCUCGGCCAAGGCUGGACCUUCUCGCACUGUGUGCCGCCGAUGCAGGCCGCCGGCAUUGUCCGUGUUGACAGCUUGAAAUGCGAGGCUGUGCUCGUCCAAGCCCAGCUGCAUCUUACGCCAGUGAACGGCGAUGAGAAGUCGAGCCCGACUGCUGCAGGCAAGGCUCGGAGCCGAGCCCGUGUCAUCGACAUGCGUGGCUGUGAUGUCGAGCUCGUGGAAUCGGUGUACCCAGGCGGCCCGACCUCGGUUGUCAUUGUCGCCCCGCACACGAACAUAGUCACCCGUCUACACACUGCGGCGUCAGCCGAGGCCCGUGCAUGGCUGCCUCCACUGCAAGAAGCUGCGUCCGCCAGGAUGUCGUGUCUGCCGCUGGUGAGUCAGGCUGUGUCGGCGCAAAACUUGGCGGAUGCAUCGCCGUCGCUGCUGACAGGCGUCCGAUCCCUUGGCGACGGUGAGGCUGGUGACGAGCCCGAGCUUGAGAGUUGGAUGACUGACGAGCCAGGACACUGGCCGGCUGCCCUGCUCAAGGAGAGUAUCCCUGUGGUCGAGGAGGCGCCCAAGAUGCUUGCCGCGUGGUACCGACUGUACUUUCUCAACGCAGAGCACGCCAACUUUGUGGCCGAUCUCCGCGGCUGGCGCGGGAGCUCGUACGGCGUCGUUGCCGUCUCGGUCAUGCGCUGCCUCGAGGCCGGCAAGGAGCUCGUCCGCGCCGUGGUCUGGUCGGGCCGUGGUGGCAUCGUCCCGUUUGUUGCCUACCCAGGCUGCGAGUUCAAGAACUUUCGCAAAGACCUCAUUCUCGCGCUUGCAGUCUACGAUCCGAUUCUGUGCAAGGCGCGCAACAAGUUUGUGUGUGUCACUGGGGCGAUGGGCGUCGAGCGGCUGCUGAAUCUCGAAGACCAGGCCUUUCCACGGACAGCAGAGAUCGGAGUCAUGAUGGUCCGGCCAGGUCAGACCUCGGUCGCCGACAUACUGGCCAACGAGCUCAACCCCGAGCAUGACGACGAGUUCUGCAACUUUGUCGACACGCUCGGUACACACGUCGAUCUUUGCGGGUGGGAAGGAUUCUCUGGUGGACUUGACAUCAAGGGCGGGCAGACAGGCGCGUUCUCGGUCUGCACUCGCAUCUCUCACCGCGACAUUAUGUUCAAGGUCGCGCCGUACAUUCCGUCUGCCCUCGGGAGCGAUAGCCCAGCGAUUGCAACGCGAAAGUCUCACGUUCUCGGCGCGCCGGCGCUCAUCGUCUUUCUCGAGCGCGCCAACGAUUGCUUUGAUCCCAGCGUGCUCGAUGGCCAACAUGGAGCAGCUGCGACUCAAGUCGUUGUUGUUGUCUCUCCACAUCCAAAGGCUCCGGGCACGCUUUUGACCUACCAGCUCGCAUGGCGGGCUGGCAACGGACUUUUUGGCUCGCUUCCGGAUCCGCGCGUCCAUGCGCUUGGCACCACUACUGCUCAUAUCAUCCUCACUUCUGUGCUCAACGGACUGGCUGCUGCCCACCGCGGUGGUUCACCCGACGCGCUCGACACCCAAGUCUCGACUAGAGCCGACGCACUCACCAAGCUGUACCGAGCUGUGCUCGCCGAUCAGCCGGGUCACAUAGUUGGCCCCAAGUCCGGUGCCGCGGCAGACAUCGACACCGUCGUCACACCGCCGCUCCUUGGCUUUCAUCGCCACGCGUCUGUUCUUCCACUCCAAGUGUACGUCACCGCCGGUGCCGGCGAGAUGGGAGUUGUGUGUUCGGCGCCCGAUGCGGCGGCUAUCGCCGAGCAAGUUGUCUCACGCCCGGUGGCCAAGGUUGCCGUCAUUGACAGCGCUGGAAUCGCCAUCGUUCUUUACCGGGCAUCCAAGUAUCCGGUCGACUAUAUAUUUCUCGGCUCCAUUGGCCCGUGGAUCCGGCACUCGCUGGACAAGCGGACCAAGCGCGCCCACGACGUGGUUGUCUCGUCGCGGCCCGGUCGCGCACCGCAGCUUGCCAUCGCCGUCAAGUCACGCGUCGAGGUUUACGUGUGGGAAACACCCACGUUUAUUCACUGGACCACGCUCAAGCUCGACGGCCCUUCCAGAGCCAUGUCCUACUUUCCGGUCUCGGGUCGACUCGGUCUCGUUCUUGCCGCGGGUUACGUCUCGGUCGACACCACUGACGGCCAGCUGACUGCUUUCACCGUCGCAGACGUUGUCGGUCAGCCAGCCGACAACGCCCAGAUCAUGGAGGUUCCCAUCUCUCGCCCCGGCUCGCACGUCGUGAUCGCUAACGGCAUGCGCGGGGUGACCGUCUCGGCGGUGUCGGGUGAGGUCGGCCGCGGGUGCCUGCGGACGACAUGGUCAUGGGGUUGCAUCCCCAACGCCUUUGCUGCCCUUCGUGGAUACGUCGUGGCGGUGGCGUCUACCAAUGUCGAGAUUCGAAACGCUCGCAACGGCGCCAUAGUCCAGCGGCUCUCGCUUCCGCCCCCAAUCCAGCUCCUCUCGCAGCCAGCCGACGACAUCGUGCUGAGCAUGCGUGGUCGUGGACGGGUCGAGCUUUACCGACUUGACGUCGACGGCUGCAGCCGCGGUCUCGCUCACAACUCGGCCGGCAUUCUCUCCACCCAGAGCGUCCAGCCCAUGCGUCCGUCCCACUGCUGCCUCUCGGUCGGCACAAAGCUCUGGGACAACUGA